CGUUUGUUUGUAGGAGUAACCACGACAUUUUGUUUAUUAACGUUCUUCUCCAAACCAAUAUAUGAUAUAUUUUUCAGUAACGAAGUUAUUAAUAUUGAGGAAUUACAUAAAUCUAGGCAUAGUAAAAAGUGAGCAUGGAAUCUGUUCGCAAAGCGAAACAGAGAUGUAAGCAAUAUCCAGUCGUUUUAGCAAAGUGUAGUAAAGAGGCAUCAAAUUACGCAACAUGUGUACUGAAAAAAGACAAUGUACAUUUAAAUGAUUGUAGUGCAGAAUUCAGUCAAUUCAAAAUUUGCUUGCAAAAAACGGCUGCUUCGUUGAGUACUAGACUUUAGUAACUCAAUAGUCCUGAGUCUAGGU